AUGUGUUUUCUCAACGAAGUUCCUUUCAUGAUCUGUGACUAUGAUCCUUAUGAUUCGCUUCAGACUCGAAUAGAGAAGACCAAUUUUUCUCAAGAACAGAAGAAGAAGAAGAGAAAAAGCCUGAAGAUUCUAGAGGAUAUUGGAGAGCUCGGUGGUCAAAUAGAUGGAGAUGAUGAACAAGGUGCAGGAUUCGUAGCCUGCAGUUGCUAA